GGCCAGAAACGCGUCGGUCCAAGAGGCUCAGCUCUUACAGCGCACAGGACAGCCCCAAAAAGUAUACAUGCAAACUUUUCUUUUGUCUCUGACAGCGAGAAAGGUCAAAGAAGAAUUUUACUGACUUGGUUGUUGUGUCUGAGGGAAGAACUAUGGAGCCCAGGGGCUGGAGAUUCACGCCUUUCAUAUGCGUCCUUCUGUCGCGCCUAUUACAGGUCAGUGCGUUCACUCAUAUAACAACUAACCUUUGUAAGUGGUGUGACCAGUCCAGUCCUGAGUGUGAGGACAACAUCUGCAUGACCAAUUGCAACUUCAGCUCCUUUUGCACCCAUGCCGAGGAGGUCUGCGUGGCUAUAUGGAAGAAGGAAAAUGAGAGUAUGAGCGUGCAGACUCUAUGCCACAAUCCUCAACAUGCAUUGGAAAACAUCGUGCUGCCUAACACCAGCUCCACAGAGUGUGUCAUGACUUCACUGCCCUCUGAAAACAGUUUGCUGUUUCUCUGCAGCUGCACCAGGGAGCACGACUGCAAUGACAGGCUCGUCUUUGAGAAGGGAACAAAUGGGUUCUCAAGGCUAAAGGGUAAAGAUGUGAUUCCCGUAGUGGUGAUAAGCCUGGUUCCUCCACUCCUAGUAGCUGUGAUUGCUACAAUGGCAUUCUACCUCUACCGCACACGCCACCUCAGCAAACAACCUAAAGACUGGGCACCAAAGCGCACACAUUACCAGUCGUUAGACCCACCGGAGGCGUGUGCGGGUGAAGCCAACACCAGUGACUACCAUGGCAAGCUUAUAUCCCUCGGAGAAGAUGCUAAUUCAGACAUAUCAUCAAGCUGUGCCAACAGUCUAAACCAUAACACCGAGCAUCUACCUAUCCAGCUGGAGGCCCUGGUUGGUAAGGGGCGAUUUGCUGAGGUCUGGCGAGCACGACUUAACCACAGCGAAUGUGGCCAGUAUGAAACGGUGGCAGUAAAAAUCUUCCCAGCUGUGGAAUAUGCUUCCUGGCGCAAUGAGAGAUCCAUCUUUUCCGACCCCAACCUGAAACACGAGAACAUCGUUCAGUUUCUAACUGCUGAGCAGCGUGGAGGUACAGCUAGCACCUCCCAGAGGCAGUACUGGCUAAUCAUGGCCUACCAUGCACCAGGGAAUCUGCAGGACUUCUUAGUAAACCAUGUGCUAAGCUGGAGUCAGUUGUGCGCAAUGGCAUCAUCAGUGGCACGAGGCCUAGCGCAUCUGCACAAUGACACAACACCAUGUGGGACCCCGAAGGUGCCAAUCGCACACCGAGACUUAAAGAGCAGCAACAUUGUGAUGAAAAGCAACAACGAGUGUGCUCUGUGUGAUUUUGGUCUCGCGCUAAGACUGGACAUCUCUCUCACUGUGGAUGACUUUGCCAACAGUGGGCAGGUUGGAACAGCGCGCUACAUGGCCCCUGAGGUCCUAGAAUCUCGAGUAAAUUUGGAGGAUUUGGAGUCCUUUAAACAGAUGGAUGUGUACUCCAUGUCUCUGGUGCUGUGGGAAAUGGCCUCUCGCUGUGAUGCCAUAGGAGAGGUGAAGAGCUAUGAGCCUCCAUUCGGUUCGAAGGUGUGUGAUCAGCCAUGUGUGGACAGCAUGAGGGAUCUUGUGCUGAGGGACAGAGGACGGCCAGACAUCCCACUCAGCUGGACAAUACAUCCGGGAAUGCAGGUUCUAAGUGCCACUAUUACAGAAUGCUGGGACCAUGACCCAGAGGCACGUCUGACUGCACACUGUGUGCUGGAACGCUUCAACACUAUGGCGCAGGAAGAACUCGAAUGCAGCACUGUUUUCGUCUGUAUCCCCAACUCCACUGAGCAACAGGGCUCCCCUCUUCCCUCUAACCACAUGGAGCAUGACGCUGGCACGACGCCAGCAUGCCCUCUUCAGCCUCAAGCCACAGUCGAAGCUCAAGCCUCAACCUCCCUAAGGCCGCUGAGUGAAGCGUGACCACACCUCCCCAAAGCCCUGCAAACCAGACUUGUUUUUGUAAUAUAUAUUGGUUCAAUAUGUGGAGCUGGUCUCCCUCAUCGGUUUCUUAUUAUUUUUAAAUAUUACUGUUUUGUUUUUGGACUUAAUGAACAUAAUGCACCACUGAAGAAGGGACUAAAGGAUGAGCGUGAUGAUAUAAGCACUGGCUUCGGAGUUCACGGCGACCCCAUAACCACUUCAUGCCCAUGCAGAAGUUAUUUGCCCCCAAGCAGAGUCUAUUUGAAGUAUUUUUAAAAGGAUCACUUUAAGGGCUCAAUGUUCAGAUUGUAGCGUAUAUAUGAAAUCCUGCUUUUGUUGGAUGAGAGAUUCCUCAAAGACACUGAGCAUCAAAGAAAGCGUCCUUGCUGUGUUGGCAGUGUGUGUGUGUGCCAUUUCUACUGGCAAAAAAUGUUUUCCAAAAACUGUUUACCACACAUCAUUUUCUCAUUUGAAUUUUUCCAUUGCCCUCUGACUCGCUUGCUUUUAACAACAAUGCGGUCAUCUCACGAGCUUGGUUUUGGGAGGGGCUUCAGUUCGAUUAACCACAAGCCUUGAAGCAAACAUAAGCUUUAAAGACCCAUCACGCAAGUGAGCGGGAAGGACUUUUUUUUUUUUCAGCUGAAGGAAAAUCAGAAAGCGUUUUAUUGUUACUCUAAAUUAAUCCAUGUGCAUAGGCCUGUCUUUAUGGAAACAAUUCAUAGCUGCUUUGAAAUCUGCCACAAACUUGAGGUUUAAGUUCCUUUUGGUUACGAUCAUUGUUAUAUUGCACAUUUAAUUACUGCUUGCCUGCUUCAGUUGCUGCUAGCCAUAUUGUCUAACUCACAUUAAGUGGUCACACACUUUUCUGCCAAGAAGUUAUGGGAAGAGCUUGAACCAGACUUCCAUCAUGAAUUUACCUAAUCAGCAGAUGCAGUUUCUGGAAAGAACAAAAAUGUUAAAUAUAUAUAUUUUUUUCUUUUGGUAAAUUAAACCAUUUAUUACAAAACUAACACAAUUAAAGACAGGCACUAGGUCUAGAGUCAGGACACACUGAGCAUAAUCUUGUCUUAAAAUAACUUGUGUGAAGUCAAAUGACUAUUUUUGGUCGUCUCCCCACCUCCCUAAGAGCCACAGCACAUCAAAAGAUUUUCAAAGACUUUCAGUGAGAAUGGGAUAACGCACCUAGACCACAGCCUAUAGUGAGAUAACACAAAGAUUUUAAUGCUGUGAUACUCUUGGGAAAUCUAAGCUAUCUGUAUACAUAAUAGUUUAAUUGUUUUCAAUAAGUAUUCUAAAGAGAUUGUGAAUAUCUGUGAUCUUAUAGCAUGAUCAGGCACUGAGUAAAGUGGCAGGUAGAGUAAGGUUUGUCAAAUGAUGAACCAUAAAAAAAGAAAAAAGGGGGACACAUUUAUUGAGCCAUUUUGUCCUUUCCUUACUGUGAACUGGUGUCACAACUGUACAGAUCAUAUACUCAUAAAGGGUUUAUACAUCA